CCUAUGUAUGAACAUUCAAUAGCCACUACGUUACGUACCGGCUUGAAUCAACGUGCACACGACAGCGAGAGUGCGUAUAUUUACUACCGAAGGGGAUACAGGGGUGAGACCGGGAGAACCCCACCCCCGCGCCAUUCCGACGCGAUCGAACCGCUAGUCACCCACACCGCUACUAGCGUAUACACCGGGCGCAGUGCACAGUGAUCCGACAGCCGUGUAUGGGCGCGGCGGAGUUUCAAUAAGCACAAAAUGGAACUGAAAGGAAAAGUAGCGCUCAUCACCGGUGCCGCAGCAGGCAUCGGGCUCGCCUACUCCGAGGAAUUGCUCAAACAAGGCGCAAAGGUUUCGCUAUGCGACAUCGAUUCUGAGAUCGGUGAGCAAGUGUCGGACGAUUUGGGAGCCAAGUACGGCCGAAAGAACGUACUCUUCUGCCAGUGCGAUGUUACCGACUACCCGCAGUAUGAAGAGGCUUUCGAGAUGACUAUGAAGGUAUUCAACCGGCUUGACAUCGUCAUCAACAAUGCAGGCGUCAUGAAUGACAGAUUUUGGGAACUGGAAGUGGAUGUUAAUUUAAAUGGCGUGAUCCGAGGCACCCUGCUAGCGUAUCGGUUCAUGGGCAAGGACCGCGGCGGUCAAGGCGGCACCAUCGUCAACACGGCGUCCACUGCGUUCGCGCGCCCGCAGGUCUCGACACCCAUAUACACUGCCACUAACUAUGCGGUCGUCGGCUUGACAAGGGCGUACGGGGACCAGUACCACGUAAACCUGACCGGCGUGCGGAGCCUGGUGCUGUGCCCCGGCCUCACCGACACGGGGCUGGUGAAGGAGAUCCGCAAGCAGCUCAUGUCCUCCGAGUAUGAGGCCGCCUGGCAGCGCGACAAUGCCAACAGUAAAACACAAAGUGCGGAACACGUCGGCAGAGCCCUGAUAGAAAUCCUCACCAAAGCACAGAGCGGCUCAGUAUGGGUGGUGGAGAACAAUCAGCCGCCGAGGGAAUGGCGCGGCUAACUCUGCUCAACAUAACACUCAAACACUCAAGGCACGAUCAUUUGCAAACACGAGGUAAACGUUUGCAAAAAAUGUUACUUCUGUAAGCGCGGUGCAACACAAACCAUGUUGUGAAGUAGAAGUUAAACUGAUGUUGCCAAAGUUAUAAGAACCUAAAUUACUGCUAUCACAUCGCGCUAUGGUACCUUUACCCUAGAAACUUCCGUAGUCAUCAUUUGAUAUAUUGUUCAAAGAAAGUUCAUGAUCAUAACAGAUGCAGAUAAUGGUAAAUUUUUCGUAUUAGCGCAGUCGAAGCACAUCGAAGUGAACUUCAGAAACAGUAAUUAAAUUAAUUUAACCUUAUAUCCGCGACGUAACGCACAUAUUCCUUCCGAGAUGAUAAUAAUCAGGGGAUUCUGGAAUGCGCGCGAAUUCGCACCUUUUUUUAUCUCGGAAGGAAGAAUGUACGUUACGUUGCGGAGAUAAUGGUGAAUUUGCUUUGACGUUUUUGAAUUGGCUACGAUGUGCUUCAAGUCUGCGCUAGUAUGAACUGACCAUUAAAACUAUCUGUUUUUUAAUGAAACACCUGACAUGACUCACUAUACUAUGACCCAACUUUACUAUGUUAUUAUGUAAGAGCGAUUCAUUUAAGGGGUAUGUACCCCUUAAAUGAAUCGCUCACAACGUUUCGUAUAUUUUAAGUGGAUAUUGGUGUCGAUUCUGGCAUGAUUCUCUA